AACCUUCCAACAACAACAACCGCCUCUGUCAACCUGAAUCACCCUGCCUUCUGCUUUGGGAAAAUGACCCAGCUCAUGACUUCAUGUUAGAUGCUCUAUAUAAGUCGAGGAAAAAAACGGGCGUUCGCAGCCGGGCUGGAUUGAAUCACAGCUGGGAAAGCAGCGCGGGAGGGAUUAGGGUCGAGCGAGCUCCGCAGUUAUGUCACAGCCAGCCCCUGUGAAAAAGAAGCGUCCUCCAGUAAAGGAAGAAGACCUUAAAGGAGCCAGAGGAAACCUUGCCAAAAACCAGGAAAUUAAAUCGAAAACCUACCAAGUCAUGAAGCAGUGUGAACAAAUGGGCUCUGCAGCACCUUCCAUAUUCAGCCGGAAUCGGACAGGGGAUGAAACAGUUUUUGAUAAACCAAAAGAAGAGCCAGCCAAGAGCGUCUUUGGCUGAUGGUGGAGAUGUCUCACCCACGUUUGUUGUAAUGUUUUCCCAAAUUUCUGCCCCUUACACAAAAGUCACUGUAGGUCUUAGUAACUAAUUUCUACUGUAAGUCAUUAAGUAGGGAAUAGAGUUAUGUCAAAGGGUACAACUUCCAUGUUAAAUUUUAUUAUGUUCUUUCUAUGUAUUGAACCGUGUUUGCUAUAAUGGUUUAAUAAAAAAAAAAAGGUUGUUGGACACA